GGAAAUCACUUUUUCCCCCCUCCUUUUUUUUUUUUUUUUUUCAGGAAAUCACAUGGAGGUGCCGUUCUACUCACAUGACAGUUUGAGCCAUGGAAGGGGAGCUCAAUGAAGGAUCAGUCCCUCUGUAUUACAGAGAAGUGCACCAAGCUCUCACUAGUAGAACGGAUGAACGGGUGUCAACCGAUGUGUUCCGAAGACUCCUCAACAGGACUGACCUCUCGGUCACCAUACAGAACGAGAUAGCAGAGCAUGUCAAUAAUGGAGAUGGAUUUCUGAGUAAGGUUUCUCUUUAUAAAGCCUUGGCACUUAUCGCUCUCGCCCAACAAGGCAAGCAGCCAAGUCCCAAACUCUUGGAGAACUGCAUACAGGAGUUUCCUAAACCCCAGCUGGGAGACCCAAAGGAGCUACAGGCCUUAAGAUUACAACCAGUUCGGGAGAACCCCCUUUUCAUGUCUCUGUCUCUGGCUAACCUGCUGGGCAAGGACACCAUAAAGGUGGAGCUCAUCCCUGAGAAGAAAGGGCUGUUCCUUAAACAUGUGGAGUAUCAGAUCACCAGCGAGCGCUUUAAAAUUUCCGUCUAUCGGCGCUACAGCGACUUUGAUGUCUUCCAUGAGCUUUUGCUACAGAGGUAUGCCUACAGAAUGGUGCCUGCUCUACCACCCAAAAGAGCACUUAAAGGAGUAUUAAAGUCAAUGUCAGAGAGAGAGUUCAUCGAAGGACGCCGGCGUGGUUUGAGCAGAUUUUUGAACCUUGUAGCAAGACAUCCCUUCUUCUCAGAGGAUGAGCUUGUUAAAAUAUUUCUCACAUUCAAUGGCUCGGAUGUCCAAACAAAGUUGCGUGAUGCUUUCAAGAAAAUGGGGGACGAGUUUAUGACCUAUACAGAUGCAACACAAGCCAAGGAUUACCUUCCUUCAGACAUCCAGGCCUUGUUCACUACAUGCCGAGAGCUGAUCAGAAACAUCCACAACAGCUUUCAGAAACUGCGGGAUCGAGCAGAGAGGAUGGCAGAGCGUUCAAAGGAGAACUCCACAGAUCUGCUGAUGUUUGGAAAGGAACUUAGUACUUUGGGAUGUGACCCCUCCCCUGUGCCUGUCCUGAACUCCUCGAAGAGCAUGUGGGCUGAUUUGAGGCUCUCACUUCGUGGCCUUUCCUCAGAAUUCUCCCUGCUGUCAGACAAAGCUGCCCAACAGGGAAGAAGAGAAGAGGAUGAUGUGGUUGAAAAACUGAACUUCUUUCUUGAUUUGUUGCAGUCCUACAGGGACUUGUGCGAGCGUCACGAAAAGGGCAUUCUGCACGAGCACCAGAAGGCACUUCAGAAAUAUAGUGUGAUGAAGAGACAGAUGAUGAGUGCAGCUGUGCAGCCAAAAGAACAGGUGUCUGUGGAGCAGCUAGAGUCCCGCAUCGUCCAGCAGGAGAACGCAAUCCAGACUAUGGAGCUACGAAAUUACUUUUCCCUGUUCUGUGCGCAUCAGGAAAGCCAGCUAAUCUUCGCCUACCUCCCCAUCACGUCACACAUCCUAGGGGCCUUCGUCAAUUCACAAGUGCAGAGUCACAGAGAGAUGGGCCAGGUCUGGAACAAUCUUCACGCUAAGCUGAGCGGCCUUUUUACACACAGUAAUGGAUGUCAGUCUCCUCCUCUUUCGCCAAAAUAGCCUGGCUGUGGUGUUUAGACAAAGAGGAAAUGGAAAUGUUGGGCUUCCAGAACUGCUUUGGACAAUUUUCAUUCUUUUGUGUAUUCUACAAAACACUACUGUGCAUCUCUCUCUCUCUCUCUCUCUUUACCAAUCUCUAUCUCUCUUUUACUUUGUGCUCUAUUUUGUAUUUACGGAAGCACAUUCAUCUUUUCUACUUAUUGCUUCAUGCUGAGCUUAAUGGCACAACAUAUUUUGUAUGAUCUAUACUUUACAGUUUUGUAAGGUAGCUCUCGUAUUAUGCAGUCCUAUAUGCUAUAUAGGUCAUAAUUAAGCUAGUGUAAUUUUUAAGAACUACACUCAGUUGUGUAAAGAAUCCUAAGGAAUAUUCAGUAUAAUAUGUUUACAGCCAGCGGAUGGCAGUAUUGCUGCAUUACUUUUUUUGAGUGUCCAAAACGAUAUGUAGUGCACAACUAAAAAUUCUUAAAAGAUUUAAAGAAUCCUUUAAGGAAAACAUUAGUAGUACUGACAUAGUGUCAAGAUUUCUACUAUAAUCUUUUUUUUUAAUAAACAAGACCAGUUGUUUCAAUAGUUGCAAAAUCUGAGCCUAAAUCUAGUGUGUACUCAAAGUAGGUAUUAAUAACAUACCAAAGAUACUUUCGGAUGUUUUCUUAAAACGUAAGACAUCUAAUUCUGAGAUUCUCAGGUCAUAAAGUAAAAUUAAAGAUGAAAAUUUAUAUUAAAGUGUUUAUUAACUUAAAGCAGAGUAUAAAGAUAUUCUAUACCAGUGUUCUUGCCUCUUUAUUAUCUAACAGAUCAUGUGUGUACCGUACUAGUCAUUCCUCUAUUAUCCAGUAUGAUGAUGAUUUAUAAAAUUGUAAAAAGAAAAAUUGUGUGUGUUUGUGUGCAUGAGUCAUUUAAAAUCCUUUUGUGUAGUCAUUAUGUUUUUGCAAACUGUUCGUAACAAAUUGUUUAAUGGAGCUAGCAUGCACUCUUGUUGCCCUCUGCUGGCACAGAGCUCACAUUUUCUCAGCCAGUUUUAUCUGUUAUAUUUCUUUUUUUGUAAAUCAAAAAUAAAGCAAGAGAUUAACAAUAA